AUGCCGAUACAGAUACCAGCGACAGAAACGUGCACGUUUCUUGUUCUGGUACUACACUUCGCGUCAGCUCAAGACUACUUGUGCCCUCUGCAACAUGCAAUGUCAAAUGCCCACCGAGAUUUAAUGUUAUACGAUCAUAAUCUUUAUCGAAGCCGCAUAUCCCAAGGACUUGUAAUCCACGUCAAUGGCAACCCCUUACCAAGAGCUUCGAAUGUCUAUGAAGUGGGCUGGAAUUGCUAUUUGGAGAAGCUGGCAUCAGAGGCAGUUAAAGGUUGCCCUGCAAGAAAGACGAAGAACCUUUUGCAUGGACAGAACUACGAGUUCAUCGAAAGCGACGACGAGCUGGACGACCCGUAUCCUUUUGCAUUAGCGAGAUGGGUCUCAGCUGUGAUGGAUAAGCAGUUUGGAAAUGACGUGAUCAUCUUCAAGGAAGAUAACGAACUUCAUGCAUUUGCAAAUAUGAUUCGCGCAAAUACCACCAGUAUUGGCUGCUCUCAGACACGAUGUGGUUCUUUUGCCGCCAUCGCGUGCUUCUAUGAGUCACCGGAUAUCGAGAAAGGUGAACUGAUAUACGAAAAGGGCAACGGAUGCAGUUCCGACGUUGAUUGCACGACCUAUGAGGAUUCAACUUGUACUACAGAAAACAGUCUCUGUGUUGCUCCUCGAAGUAAUGCCAUUUCAACGGCAACUUCAAUCAUAGACGAUUCUAAUUUCACCAGCGAUGCUGCUUCUUCCGUUGUGACUCUUGGGAAGGACAAAGUGGAAAUAAUGUUGGUGCCGAAUGGAACGAACACGAUGUGUCCUCAGAACUUUAUAAUGAUGGACGAACUUCGACGGAAAAUUCUUCUGAUGCACAACUACCGAAGGUCUUUGCUCACUAAAGGGUUGGUGAAAAAUGCGAAUGGUAUUACACUACCACCAGCAGCAAAUAUGGUAAAAUUGAAGUACAACUGUGCACUGGAGGUUCUCGCCUUAUCUCACGCGGCAAAGUGUGCUUUCAACGAGUCCGAUCUUCUGAGCCAAGAAGAUGUUGGAGAGAAUGUAGCAGUUGUCUACACGGAAAAUGCCCUUACUUUUUUAGGAGCGAUUCGAUGGGCGCUGACAUCCUGGUGGAAGACAAUAGGAAAGGAACAGAGCGUCAUGGGACGAAUGGUUAAGUUCAAAAAGAAGCAUGAGGGGAAAUCGAUUCGACGUUUUACCCAAAUGGCGUGGGCGGAUACCCAAGAAGUUGGCUGCGGAAUCGCGAAAUGCGGUGCGGCGUAUAAUGUGGUGUGCCGAUAUUCCCCGAGCAUUACAAGUGCCGACGAGUAUUACUUAGAUGAUCCGUAUCAAGUGGCACUAAAGCGAUGGGUUUCUACAGCGGAGAGCAAGUACUUCGGAAGCAACACGACUACAUUUCAAGGAGAUGGCGACUUACUCUGUUUUGCCAAUAUGAUUCGAUCAAAUACUACCCAUGUUGGCUGCUCUGAAAGAAAAUGUGGAACCACAGCCAUAUUCGCAUGUUUCUAUGACUCACCGAAUAUAAACAAAGGAGAACUGAUGUACGAGAUUGGCAACGGAUGCAGCAACGAUACUGAUUGCACAACCUAUCCCGGCUCGUCCUGUGAUGUGAAAAGCGGCCUUUGUAGCGGCCCCAGAAGUAGCGUGCUUACGCAGUCAAGUUCCAAGAAUUCUACAGCUGUGGGAGUCGCGAAGAGCAAUAUCCCUGCUACAAAACCACAAACUGAAAAGUCAUUAUCGGAGAAACAAACUUCACAGAAUGGAACAUGCUUAUGUUAUUCUCACCACAAUUCGUUAGAUUUGGAGAAUUCUCCCAGCGUUAUUGGACUUCGCUCGGUGAAUGAUGGAAUUAUGGAGUUGGGCGUUGUUGCGCAAACACAAGCUACUGAGGAAGUCGAUUUAAAGGCAUCACCCCGCGAAUCUGAGGUGGUGCAGAUUCCAGGUGGAGUAUUCGCAUACGGAAUGGGAAACUACGGAGAGGAUACGGCUUCAAUCGUUUUGGCGCACCAUUUUGUACAAGAGAAGUACAGCUGUGAAUUGGAAAUUUUUGCCUUCGCCUAUGCCUCGAUGUGCAUUUCCGAAACUUCUGACCCUGGAAAUGGAAACGGAGCAGGGGAAAAUAUUGCUGCUGUCCAUCCUGAAAAUGCAAGCACUCCCGAAAAAGCCUUACAAUGGGCUGUAGAAUCGUGGUGGAAAUCGCACCAUGGGGAACCGUAUCCAGUAACUAGAACAGUGAUGGUCCCUAUCGAACGUCUUGGAAUGCCGAUUAGUUACUUCACUCAGAUGAUCUGGGCAGAAACUGAAGAGAUCGGUUGCGGAAUUGUGAAAUGUGGCGAAAUAUUCAACGUGGUAUGUAGGUAUUAUCCUGGUGGCAAUCAUUUGGACCGCCUCAUAUACGAGCCUGGAGAACCGUGCUCGAAAUGCCCGUAUUGGACAGGCUGUGAGGUGGACACAGGAUUGUGCUUGCAACUGGACGAUUACAAUCAUAGUGGCACAUCUUUUUCGUUUUUGACGAUAUUUUUAAUUCUCAUUGUUAGUCUUAGAUAUUAA